UGCGUGUGCGUGUGGGUGUGCACACCGGGCUGUGUGACAUCCGGCAGGACGAGGUGACGAAGGGCUACGACUACUACGGCUGGACGUCGAACACUGCUGCGCGCACUGAGAGCGUUGGUAACGGCGGGCAGGUGCUGCUGACGGGUGCCGCGUACGUAUACUUGAGCACGGCUGAGCGUGAGCAGCUGGACGUGACUGCGCUUGGCGGUGUUGCGCUGCGCGGUGUGCCUGUGCCUGUGGAGAUGUACCAGCUGAACGCUGUGCCCGGGCGCACCUUCGCCGCACUGCGGCUUGACCGUCAGGAUGUGGACGACCUGGAGGAUGCGGAGAGCGACGACCAUUCGAUGUCGUCGGCGUCGAAGGACGGGCUCUCGAGCGCUGGUGUGAAUCCUCUUAUCUCUUUGAUGACGGACAUGUUUGCCCCGCUACCGUUGUAG